AUGACCCGGUGGGCUCCUCUGGUUCCUCUUCUGCUUCUCCUGGGCCUCCUGUCUGUUCCUACCGCUGUGGGUCAGGAGGAGGCUGAAGCUUCCACCACACCUGCUCCACCACCUCCAGCCCCAGAGGGUGCACAGGCUGAGGACGAGGAUGGAGAAUGGGCCAUGAACUCCCUCAGAGGAGGCUUCGAGGCGGUUAGCGGCUACUUUGACUCUGUGCUGGAGUUCAUGGGCGGACGUGAUGGAGUGUGCCAAUACCGCUGUCGAUAUGGUAAAGCUCCUCUUCCUCGUCCAGGUUAUCAAAUGCCAGAGCCUGAUGGAUGUUCCUCCUACUUCUUUGGUCUUCCUGUUCCAGAAGGGAUGGAUGUCGGUAUCCCUGCCAUGACCAAGUGCUGCAACCAGUUGGACAUGUGUUACGACACCUGUGGCUCCAAUAAAUACCGCUGCGAUUCCAAAUUCCGCUGGUGCCUCCACAGCAUCUGCUCAGACCUCAAGAAGAGUCUCGGCUUUGUGUCAAAAGUUGAAGCUUGUGAAACAGUAGCGGACACUUUGUUCAACACAGUGUGGACUCUGGGCUGCAGACCUUACAUGAACAGCCAGAGGGCAGCCUGCUUCUGUCAAGGAGAAGAGAAAGAUGAACUGUGAAAAG